AUGUCUCCCAAAUCAGAGGUCGCGAUAGGAGCCCGUCAUGGCGGGACUGAACAGUCCCGUGCUCAUAACGGCCAAGGAACAAGCACAGAUCCCUUCAUCGUGGAGUUCAAAAGAGAUGAUCCAGAGAACCCUAUGAAUUGGUCGGCCUCGAGAAAGUGGUUCAUUGCUUUUAUCGUAACCUCUUCUGUGUUUGCCGUUACGUUCGCGUCUUCCGCGUAUUCCGACUCCAGCGAUGAAAUAAUCAAAGAUUUCAAUAUCAGCACGGAGGUCUUUUCUGUAGGGAUAAGCCUCUUUAUCUUGGGGUUUGCUGUCGGGCCGGCAGUAUGGGCACCUUUGCUUCUCUGA